AUGACUGUAUCAUGGAUCUUGAACACGAUCGAACCAAGCCUACGGUCAACCGUUGCGUAUGUUGAGAACGCGCAUACACCGUGGGAAGAUAUCAAAGAGCAGUUUUCUGUUGUGAACGGACCACGAAUACAACAACUGAAGUCAGAUUUGACGAGAUGCAAGCAGGAAGGAAUGGCCAUGAUGGCGUAUUAUGGGAAAUUGAAAGUACUGUGGGAUGAAUUAGCACAUUGCGAGCAAAUUCCCAAAUGCACGUGUGGUGGAUGUAAAUGCGAAAUUGGAUCUCAACUUGAGAAAGAAGGGAAGAAGAGAGGGUCUGCCAAUUUUUUAUGGGCCUAG